GCACCAGGCACUGGCAUCACACAUCUCUUUACAUCCCACGUACACACAUCGACCACAGGUUGAAGUUUGCAGAUUCGUCGUAGACAACACGAAAAGAAAUCAACAAAUAAGAAAUGGCUUCUUUCAAGAAUCUGAUAUUCAUAACCUUGGCCGUGUACGCCGUGUCCGCUGUGUCCGCCGAUGAUGGAGCAAGAACGAAGAAACAUGCUUACUUCGCUGCUGCCCCAGCUCCGGUCGUGGCUUACUCUGCAGCAGCCCCGGCAUACUCGUACUCAUCAUACACUAGUUACCCAGCCAGCUACACUUACAAAUACGCUCCAGCUGCUUAUGCCGCUCCAGCUGCUUACGUCGCUCCGGCUGCCUACGCUGCCACCCCGUACGCCGCUUACUCGAGUUACGCAGCUUACCCCAGUUACGCAGCGUACCCGAGCUACGCAGCUUACGACGAUGGAAAAUACUACCCAGGCAAAUACGAAAAGUCGUACUACCCAACUGCCUACAAAGCAGCAUACCCGGUCGCCUAUCACUACUAAAAACCCGCACUCGCCCAUGAUUCUCAACCUUCCGACAACGUACAUUAUAUAUUUAAAAAAAUACGAUUUUCAACAAUAAAAACGUGAUCUUUUUUUCAUCAA